UCACCGUAAGAAGUAAAAUUCCGUCCAAUCCUAUUCCAAUUAGGACUUGAAUUGAAUCGGAAGAAAGGGGAAGACUUUCUGAUUCAUCAAAUCCGCCCUACGCCAUAAACCCUAACCCUAAUACCGUUAUUGGAAGCAAGAAGCAACCUCAGAUUCACAAUCCAAUCCUUCACAAAAGGUCGGAGUAGUUUGUUGUUGUCGUUGUUGAACAAUCAGCGAAGAUGGUGUUGGCACAGUUAGGAGGGAGCAUUUCGCGUGCUCUCCAGCAGAUGAGCAAUGCGACUGUCAUCGACGAAAAGGUUCUCACCGACUGCCUCAACGAGAUUACUCGCGCUCUGCUCCAGUCCGAUGUCCAAUUCAAGCUCGUGCGUGACAUGCAGAACAACAUAAAGAAGAUCGUCAAUUUGGAUGACCUCGCCGCUGGCCACAACAAGAGGAAGAUCAUCCAGCAGGCCAUAUUCAAUGAGCUAUGCAAAAUGUUGGAUCCUGGGAAGCCUUCUUUUACACCCAAAAAAGGGAAAACAAGCGUUGUUAUGUUUGUCGGUUUACAAGGGUCUGGAAAAACUACCACCUGUACGAAAUAUGCAUAUUAUCAUCAGAAGAAAGGCUGGAAGCCUGCUCUAGUGUGUGCGGAUACCUUUCGUGCUGGUGCAUUUGAUCAGCUGAAGCAGAAUGCAACUAAAGCUAAAAUUCCAUUUUAUGGAAGCUAUAUGGAGUCAGACCCUGUGAAAAUUGCAGUGGAAGGUGUGGAAACAUUUAAGAAGGAGAACUGUGAUCUUAUAAUCGUUGAUACUAGUGGGCGUCACAAGCAAGAAGCUGCACUUUUUGAAGAAAUGCGUCAAGUUUCUGAAGCAACGAAACCAGACCUUGUUAUAUUUGUUAUGGAUAGCAGUAUUGGUCAGGCCGCUUUUGAUCAAGCUCAAGCAUUUAAGCAAAGUGUUUCAGUUGGAGCUGUAAUUAUUACCAAAAUGGAUGGCCAUGCAAAGGGAGGUGGUGCUCUUAGUGCUGUUGCAGCAACAAAGAGUCCUGUUAUAUUUAUUGGGACUGGAGAGCAUAUGGAUGAGUUUGAAGUUUUUGAUGUCAAACCAUUUGUCAGCCGUCUCCUAGGCAUGGGAGACUGGUCUGGGUUUAUGGACAAGAUUCAUGAGGUUGUUCCUAUGGAUCAGCAGCCUGAGCUUCUGCAAAAGCUUUCAGAAGGGAACUUUACAUUGAGAAUUAUGUAUGAGCAGUUUCAAAACAUACUUAAAAUGGGUCCAAUAAGCCAGGUCUUCUCAAUGCUUCCAGGAUUUAGUGCUGAAUUAAUGCCAAAAGGUCGUGAGAAGGAAAGCCAGGCGAAGAUCAAGCGCUACAUGACCAUGAUGGACUCGAUGACAAACGAAGAGUUAGAUAGUUCAAAUCCAAAGCUCAUGACUGAGUCACGUAUCAUGCGGAUAGCAAGAGGUUCUGGUCGCCAACUUAGAGAAGUAAUGGAGAUGUUCGAAGAGUACAAGCGUCUGGCCAAGAUAUGGAGCAAAAUGAAGGGGCUUAAGAUUCCUAAGAAGGGUGAAAUGAGUGCACUAUCCAGAAAUAUGAAUGCACAGCACAUGAGCAAAGUCCUUCCUCCACAAAUGCUGAAGCAGAUAGGUGGCAUGGGUGGCUUGCAAAACUUGAUGAAGCAGAUGGGUUCUGCUAAGGACAUGAUGGGGAUGUUCGGAGGUGGCGGAGAUAAGUAGAUGCAAACACAUGCGUGAUUGGUGUGCUCAAAUUCGUUGGCAAUUACAGCUGCCAAGUCACCUUUUGGAGCAAACAGGCCCCGGCAUUCUGUAUGCAAGUUUGAGCUACUAACUCAUUUGCCAGUAAUAUUUUUGCUCAUGGGGCAUUGUACUUUUUAUUCUUUUGGUCAUACUAGGUGACAUUAGUUAUGACAUUCAUUAGAGGAUGUUCUAACAGUUGAAAAUUUUCGCACUUUUGUAUGUAUUUAGUCGAAUAAAUAUAUUGAGUUGGCAAUUAAGUA